UAAUUCUUUCUUGUUUACAUUCGCAACUCGUGGUGCUGCAUUUGCUCCGCGUUUGCAUGUAAUAAUUUAUUUUGCCAGAAGUGUUUCUCUUUUUUCCGGCAAAACGAUGGAAUACAUUAGUCAAAGUGAUGGUCCGUCGGUGUCGAUCGGAGCAAACCAUAAAAACAAAAUUCUUUGUUGCGAGUGUGGUGUUCCGAUAGAACCGAACCCUUCUAAUAUGUGCGUUGCGUGUUUGCGCACCCACGUGGAUAUCACGGCCAAUAUUCCCAAGCAGGCGGUUGUGUUUUUCUGUCGUAAUUGCGAACGAUAUCUGAAUCCUCCCAGUGAAUGGGUGCAGUGUAGUUUGGAAUCGAAGGAAUUGCUAUCGGUUUGCCUAAAGCGGCUGAAGGGCUUGAAGGAGGUCAAGCUGGUCGAUGCCGGAUUUGUCUGGACGGAGCCACAUUCCAAACGAAUUAAGGUCAAGCUAACCGUUCACGGUGAAGUCAUGGAUGGCGUUGUGCUGCAGCAGGUUUUUGUCGUCGAGUUUACGGUGAACAAUCAAAUGUGCGAUGAUUGCCACCGUACUGAGGCGAAGGAUUUCUGGCGCUGUCUAGUGCAGGUCCGUCAAAAAUCGAUAAACAAAAAAACGCUUUUUUAUUUGGAACAAAUGAUUUUGAAACAUAAGGCUCAUGAGAACACGUUAGGGAUUAAGCCAUCGCCUUCUGGAGGACUUGAUUUUUACUAUGCUACCGACGCCCAUGCCCGUAAAAUGGUUGACUUUCUCCAAGCAGUGUUACCCGUGAAAGUAACCAACUCGAAGAAACUCAUUUCUCAUGAUAUUCACAGCAAUUCCUAUAACUACAAGUAUUCGUACGCUGUAGAUGUAGUACCAGUUUCUAAAGGAAGUCUUAUAUGCUUGAACAAAAAACUCCAGCAGCAGCUCGGCCACAUUGCGCCAAUUUGUUUGGUUACCAAAGUAGCCAACGCAAUACACUUGAUGGAUCCACUCAGCGCGCAGAUGGCCGAAGUACAAAAUAUGGCCUUUUGGAAAAAUCCGUUCGAAGCUAUCUGCAAUCCUAAGCAAAUGGUUGAGUUUGUUGUAAUGGACGUGGAAAUCAUUCGUGAUCAAGAGAAGCGUAAUUUUCCUGGCCAAGGGCCAGUUUCAUUUAAACACAUUCUGGCGGACGUGUGGCUGGUAAAAGCUUCCGAAUUGGGAACCAAUGAAAACACGAUCCACACUCGGUCUCACUUGGGUCAUUUGCUCAAACCGGGCGAUUCUGUUUUGGGCUACGAUUUGCGUGAUGCUAAUAUAAACAAUUGUGAGUUUGAGAAGCUUAAACAGGAUACCGUUCCGGAUGUGUUGCUUAUUAAGAAGUUCUACGAUCGAACCAGCCGGAAGCAAAUCCGGAACUGGAAGUUGAAACAUUUAGCUGAGGAUGUCGCGCUUGACACGGACAUUGAGAAUGAUUACAACGAAUUCUUGGAGGACUUGGAGGAAGAUCCGGAUAUGCGACAGAACGUGAACAUAUUUAAGGACGGCAGCAAAGCCAUACCGGUGGAUGUCAACGAUAUGGAGGAUCCGUCAGUUCCGCGAAUUACGCUGGAAGAGAUGCUAGACGAUCUGGUGCUGGAUGAUGUUGAUAUGCCGGAGGCCUAACAAGGGUCGUGGGUUUAAAUCAUUUAUGUAACGCAACAAAAUAUAUAUCUGUUUGACAUCAA